AUGUCCGAUCCUCCUCAGCCCCCGACCAUCUACGGUCAAGUCGCCCCUCCUGAUAGCUCAGCGACUGCUCAGGAAAAGGUCCGCGAGAUGGAACUUUUCCACGACCUCCUCCACCCCGAUGAUCUCUACACCCCAGAAGGCAUCUACUGGGCCGAUCUCCCAGCCUUGAAGCAAAUCAGAUUCGUCAACAAAGCCAGCAAUGCCGAGGCUAAGAAAGAGUUUUUCUCCUUCCUUUCCAUGGCGAAAAAAGACCCUCUCUCUCCUGUGGCCUGGUACCUCAAGAACGCCGUUCUGCCUGGUGCCGGAUUGGGCCUCGAAGGAUAUGUUCUCUUCUCCAUUGGCAAUCUGACGCCACUGUUCCAAGCCGUCUGGCCAACUUGCUGGGAAACCUUCGAGGUUUGCAGCCAGUCGUGGGUUGAUGCCGUUCAAUACCUGGAAAUUGUCGGCAUCAUUGUUGGCCAGAUUCUUAUAGGUUACACUGGUGACAGCAUCGGUCGAAGAUUCGGACUUAUUCAAGAUGCCGCCAUUAUGUUUCUCGGUCUUCUCUGGCUCACUGCGUCCUGGGGCCUCAAUCUGAACGGAUGGGUCAUCUGUUACGGAUGGGCCCUCUUCUUCUACGGUAUCGGUGUUGGUGGGGAGUAUCCCAUGACGGCGACCGCCGCUAUGGAGAAUGCCACUGGCUCGGGUCGGGUCUCAACCAAAGAGGAUCGUCUUCACCGUGGGCGCAAAGUCACCACGGCUUUCUUGAUGCAAGGUUGGGGCCAAUUCUUCAAUCAGGUCGUUCUGAUCGUCCUACUCCUCAUCUUUCAUCACAGCGCGAACCCUCCCUACUCUUUCGUCUCAGUACAGUGGACGUUCCGUGUCUCUUUCGCGAUCCCAGCUGUCGGCACCCUGUGGCUCGUCUACUAUCGUACCUACAAGAUGCCUCUGGCUUCCAAGGCUCUGAACGAGGCAAAGCAGAAGGCCAAGGUCACCGGAUACGACGUCCAAUCGUUAAAACUCACCCUCAAAUACUUCUGGCCGCGUCUCGUUGCCACUGCCGGAGCCUGGUUCUGCAACGACGUCUUCUUUUACGGAAACAAGCUCUUCCAAUCCCAAUUCAUCAAGGUCAUCUCUCCAAGCUCCGCCGCGUCGGGGAAUGUCAUGACUGGUUGGCUAUGGAAUCUGGUCAACGUUGGUGUCUCGCUCGCAGGGUAUUAUCUGGCCUCCUUCCUCAUCGACCACAAGCUCUACGGACGAAAGAUGAUGCAACAAGUCGGUUUCUUCAUGGACUUCAUCUUCUUCGUCAUCCCGGCCUUCCACUUCAAAUACUACACCUCCAUCGACGGUAUCAAGAUGUUUCAGGCCAUGUACUUCCUGUCAUCCUUCUUCAACCAAUUCGGCCCCAACAGCGUCAGCUUCCUCGUCGCUGCCGAGGUCUACCCCACUCCGGUGCGUGCUACAGCUCACGGUGUGUCGGCUGCUGUUGGCAAAACCGGUGCUCUCCUCGCUGCAGUGCUCUACAACUACAUCGACACACAGACCAAGUUCUACUUCGUCCCAUGGUUCGGUCUGGUCGGCAUGCUUCUGACCUACAUCUUCCUCCCGGACACCACCGGUCUCGAUCUCAAAGAGCAAGAGCGCAGAUGGGCCUACCUGCGAGACGGCCGAGAUAGCGAGUAUCACGGAAUCGCUGUCCACCCCAAGCAUCUCUCGGUGUAUGAGCGCAUGACGGGCGUGGGCAAGCACUACGAUCCCGUGCUCGACAAAGCCAACAAGAUUCAGGACAUGCGCAAAGACUGGGCGCGGCGGGAAUCCGAGAAGCAGUCGCGCGAGGACGGCGGCGCAGGCAUGGGCGGUGACGAGUACAGUAACGAGAUACACCGCUACUUCAGGAGUACGAUGCCGACGUCCUGUCAACCCGGUGUCAAGCGGCAAGAAACAUCCGACGAGGAGACAAACGAGAAGUCGAAGACGCCUUAUGCAUAG